AUGGCCUUGAGCAGUGAUGAGUUUACACUCUUUAAUCUGACGGAAAGCAGUGAGCUCAAGCUUCAAGUUGAGCAAUCAGCACAGCAACGCUAUGCUGCUGCCAUCAUCAUUCUCAUCUUCUGCAUCAGCCUGCCUGGAAACAGCUUCCUGCUGUGGGUCCUCCGAAGAGAACAAGCUUGGAAGAGCACACCCGAUAUCUUACUUCUGCAGCUCACAGUUGCUAACCUUUGCUUCACUCUGAACUUGCCCUUUGAGGCCUGUAAUGUACUCCACGGCUGGAUCUUUGGAGAUUGGGCCUGUGGAGUCGGGAUAUGGGUUUAUUAUCUGGGACUGAACACUUCUGUGGUGAUCCUCACUGCCAUGUCUUUGCAUUAUUAUGUUUCUGCUGUUCAAGUUUCUUGUCUGUGUGCACAGGUCUCAAGAAAAUGUGGUGUGCUUGUAGCUAGCAUCUUGAUAUGGCUGGUAGGUGCAGUUUCAAGCAUUAAGCUGUCUGUGAAUAGUGGAGUCACACAUGAUGAAGUGUGUGUACAUAUGGAGUCAUUAACUAUGUUACUUGUUGACUUGUACAUGGAGAUUUUCCUUUUCUUUCUCAUUCCUUUCUUUAUCGUUACAUUCUGCUAUGUUCACAUGUGGAUAAUGGUGAAACAGGGCAGGAUAAACAGCAAUCAGCAGCCUUCAAAACUGAUUUUAUGGAUAACUGUUGCUAUUUUUCUUUGUUUGACUCCUUACUGUGUCCUUAACUUUAUAAUGACACUUGAGAUCUUGGGUGUUUUGAAUCUCACACGUGCAGGGUUCCAUGUAUUGCACUUUGCAUGGGCUAUCCUUUAUCCUCUGUCUCACUUCUACUGCUGCCUUAGCCCUCUGUUCCAUAUAAUUGGAGCACAAAGAUUUAGGAAGUAUGUUUCCAUACUGUGUAAUCCUUUAUCACAAAGCAGAGAUGUGAGUAACAAUGAAAGUUCAGUAGUAUUCAUCCAUCUAAAAGAUGAAGAAAUGUGAAUUUACAAUGCUUAGCCAUAACCAUGGAUUAGUAUUAGAU